UAUCUGAAUCUGUAGAUGCGUAAAAAAUUUUAAUUACUCCCUGAAGCCGGCCCUGCACGCCCUGAUAGCUGAAAUGUUAUCUAGUGGCUGGGCCAGGGGGUCAGCGAGGGGGGACGGGCAAGUUUCUCAAACUACAGGCAAGAUGCAUCAACAUGAUGCACACCAAGUGAUUCCUGAGCUAAAAGUCCACCAAAUGCACCAAUUUGGCAGACCUCAGCACGGCUCAUUAAUAUUAUUGUCAAAUUAAAUAGUUCGAUUCUGCUCUUUGCAGGUGGUGGCGUCAGUCAGUGAAGACAUGGAUUCUUACGGGGACCACACCCCCAAGAUCCGUGCUGGUGGUAUCCUGUGUAAGAAAAUAAGAAAGUUGAAGAUCAUCAAGGCCUAUCACAGGUUUUUGCAUGCCUGUACGUGUUCGGAACCGGAUUGCCAAAAUCCAGAUUGUGAUGAAAUGAAGAGUACCGUGGUGCACUUCCAGAUGUGCACCAGAACACCCAAGAGAGACUGCAAUUCCUGUCGUCAGCUGCUGGCCCUUUGCUGUUACCAUGCCAAGCGAAACCGAGACUGUGAAUCUGAACUCUGCGUCGUCCCCUACUGUGCCAAGUUGAAGUUGCUGAUGAAGCUGAAGCGUCGCGCCAAGCGCGCGGCGAGGAAGCAGAAGGAGUCCGGUCUCUCACUCGUCGCUUCCGAAUUGAACACCACUCAGCCUGGCCAGGAAGAAACAAAAUCUCAGCAGGAGGCCAUGCCCGCUGGCGAAGUCCCCGAUCCGAACAUCCCAUCACCGCCACCGCCGCCGCAGUUGGUUGUGGUAGGGGAGCAUUUGGAAACCAGUGAAGGUAACUUGUUGCCGACUCAGCCAUGGCAACCCGGCUAUCCCGACGGAGUCCAGGGAAUGCAGCAACCCGAACUCCCAAUAAUCCAACCACCCGAUCCACAGAUGAUCCAGCAAACUGAUCCCCUUUUGAUCCGCCAACCAGAUCUCCAGACAAUCCAACAGGACCAAAUUCGUCAAAGUCCCGUACGGGAAACCCAAGAGUCUACUCGCCCCAUCACAAGCACCUUCAGUCUCCAGAGCCGACAAGCUCUGCAACAGUUACUUCACGCUUUAAGGUUGCCACGGUCCGCAGAACAAGAACUCCAAAUAUUGAAUAUACUGAAAGCUAAUCCGCAGCUGCUAGCAGCCUUCAUCAAACAACGACAGGCUCAAAUGCUGCAGGCUAGCGGCGCCGGCCUUAGCGCAACUUCCCUCCAGCUACUAUAGCAUAUAUUCACGCAGUAGCUACCCGUUCGGGAGGCGCUACUGCGGAGCUACAUAUACCGCCAGCGUAUGGAGGAGCUGGCCGCCACAUCGUCGCAGGACCAGCUCAACAACACUUCCGCUCCCGCGGAAUAAAGACAACCGUACAAAGGUUAAGUGAUGUCAUAGUGUACUUAAGGACAAUCGACGGGUAUAGCUAUGUAAUGCAGGGUAGAACUUUAAUCAAAAACUCAAACCUAUAUGUCUCUUCAUUCUUAAUUGUUAUGUGUUUAAAUAUAUCUUCUUUCCUAUUA